AUGAUCUUGCUCCUCUUCUUGUUCGGUCUGGCUCUGGGUGCCCAGAUUCCUCCAGGUGACCAUGAAGUGAUGCAUCAGCGAAGCAACUGUUCCACGUUCUGGUCCAGCUUCAACAGUCGCUGCUACAAGUACAUCGCUACACCUAUGACCUGGCUUGAUGCAGAGCUCCACUGUGUGUCACAGGGAGCCAACCUGGUGUCUAUCCACAGUGUUGAUGAACAUAAUUUUGUUAAUUCCCUGAUCAAGAACUUUGAUUCUGCUCAGAAUUUGACCUGGAUCGGACUCACUGACAUCCAUAAGGAGGGAGCAUGGAUGUGGUCUGAUGGCACCAAAGUCAACUUUAUCUUUUGGAGCACAGACGAGCCAAACAACAGUGGAGAACAGGAACACUGUGGACACACCAACCAUGCAGCAGAAUUUAAAUGGAAUGAUUAUUUUUGUUCACUGUCAUUUCCAUUUGUCUGUCUGACACUUAUGCAAAUAAGUUUGAUGCUGUGUUGA